AACCUGUUUGUUAAUAUCUCGCCUGUCUAAUACCGGACGUAACUAGGAUGCUGUGAAAUAUCCUGCCAUCUUCAUACAGUUCAUGAUAACCACGAAUAUGUCUCGGUUGAUGGUGAUUUUAGUCCUUGGACUGGUGGCUAGUGUUAUUGUCGCCAGGAAUGUCGAGUCAGAAAAGGAGAAGAAGGUUGAUGACGUCAAGGAAGAGGACGGGCAGGAGGAAAAGAAGACAAUGAAUAAGCGGGAGGCAAAUGACCUUCUGGAGCAGCAGUGGAAAGAAUUAAUGAAUCAACAAAAGUUUGAUAAAACUAUGAAGGAACGGAAAAAGGAGGCUGUUGCUGAAUACUUUGCUGAGAAAAAAAAGAAGUUUGAAAACGAAUUCCAAACCUUUGAGAAGAUCUGUACUUGCCACACCUUUAAGAAGAACGGAGUUAGUGAGGAGAAGUGUUCUCCUGAAGGCUGUAAGGUUGGAGAGGAACUAUCAAAAGCUACAACCGAAGGCUAUGCGGCAUAAUUACCCUACCCUCCUCCGACUGGCAAAAUGGCUCGGCAUCACAGCGAAGUUGUUCAGAUAAGCGUUACCAACUUUAUGUUGGUGAUGAUGUUUGUACAGCAUUCACAAUCAUGAUAUUAAUUAUUUUUAUUACAAAGCAUUUUCAUUGUUUUCUGAAUAAUUCUAAAUUCUAAAUUUAACUGAUGUUAUAACUUAAACUACACAACUCUAUUCUGUAUUUGUGUGCUAAUAACUUCAUUUCUGUUAACAACCUACUUUCGUGAUCUAUUUCCGGUUCAAGCGGUGUGUUGGUGAAAAUUGGCAAACUCAAAGGUUAUUAUUAAAUUUUUCGAAAUUCAUUUUCGCAAUAUAUCCUUUUUAAUUUGCAACAAAACUGAACUGAUGUACGGCAUGAUUACCAAGUUAUUAGUCGGCUGAAAGUGAUGUCGAAAGGAAAUAUCUAAAUUAAUAUACCUUUACUGUAAAAUGGAACAUUUUCUUACACGUUUUAUUUUCGCCCUUCUCCCUCUUGAAUGAUAUGUUGAAAAGCACGAGUGUCUAUUUCAUACGAAAUUUAUCAAACGAUUGAAUAUCUUUUUCAUCACAUGAUCAAGAAUUUCUGCGAAUAUUGCGAAAACUCUUCAUUUCAUAUCUUUUAUUUUAUGUGACGUCAUAAUAUAAUCUUGAAGUCUAAAACACCAUUUUUAGUAUCAUUUGGUGACGUCACAAAAUAUCAUAUAAUAUAAGUUUAAAAUAUGCAAAAAAAGACAUUUUUUAACGAGAAUUAUAAUAACAUGAUUUAUAAAUUUAGUUUUUUGUUAUCAUUACCAGUAUAUACAUGGGAAGGAGUUCUAUACAGGGCGAUAUUAAAAAACUAUAGGGCGAAAAUCUUGACAGAUUGAAAAUAUUUCAAAUUACAGCUUACAGUAAGCAAUGAAAAAUGUACUCUUCAGAAUCAUGAACAUUUAAGAGGUGAACUCGGGCUGCCUGUGAACACAUUUGAGUAUGCUAUAGUAUAAUUCAGAGCAGUUCAGACACCCCUCUCACAAGACCAGGACACGAUGAAGCAAUUACAAUAAACAGAUAUAGCACUGUA